AUGUCUGGAGACACCAAAUACUUUUCAGGAUCCAACUUGGUAGCCGCUCCGCCUGAAGCAGGUGGCUUACUGACUCUGGCUUAUCGCACGUUUGGCGAUUCGGAGAAUCCCGCAGUUCUGAUGCCCUCCUGUUAUGGUGGCACACUUGACGACACUCUGCCAUUCUUGUAUACUUCCAAAGACGGCACCGAAGCCGUUCUGCAAGGGAACUUCGUGAUCGCAUACCAUAUGGCUGCUAUUUUCCCAGAUUUUGUCCAGCAUGUCGUGGUUCUUGCCGGCUCGGCACGGACGAGCUGGCACAACUGGUCUUUCCUUGAAGGCCCAAAAGCAGCACUGUUGAACAGCAUAGACUUCAACGGAGGACUUUACACGAAGCCAGCGAUGCGCGGAACUGCCGCUUUUGGGCGAGUAUACUCCACCUGGGCGCUGUCGCAGGAGUGGUUCAGGCAGCACAGUUGGGAGAAGUUGGGAUAUAAUUCGCUCGAGGAGUACCUCCACAAAGAAUGGGAGUUCAAAGAAGACGCCAACAAUUUGCUCUGUAUGCUGGCUACGUGGCAGAAGGGCGACAUCUCGCAAUUUGGACCGGAAGAAGAAAGAGGCAAUCUUGUCAAUGCACUUGGGCGAAUUAAAGCAAAAGUACUCGUUAUGCCUGCUCGGACAGACAUGUAUUUUCCGCCUGAGGACAGCCAGUUCGAGGUUCAGCAUCUCAACAAUGGGCGACUUAGAGUCAUCGAAAGUAUAUGGGGCCAUUUGGCAGGUGGGGGAGGUGGAACGAAGGAGGACGAAGAGUUUAUCAAGAAGGAAGUAGCUGAAUUUUUGUCGUAG